GGGGAGCAGAGGCGGCGCGGCGGCGUCCGAGCUGCGCCACACGGGGCUGGCGCCGGGUGUUGGGCGCGGAGCGGGGUCGUGGCGGCGGUGCGGGGCGGGAGUCGGCGGAGGGGGCACCAUGGCGGGGCAGCAGUUCCAGUACGAUGACAGCGGGAACACCUUCUUUUACUUCCUCACCUCCUUCGUGGGGCUCAUCGUGAUCCCGGCCACAUACUACCUCUGGCCCCGGGACCAGAAUGCCGAGCAAAUUCGACUAAAGAAUAUCAGAAAAGUAUAUGGAAGAUGUAUGUGGUAUCGCUUACGGUUAUUAAAACCCCAGCCAAAUAUUAUUCCUACUGUAAAGAAAAUAGUUCUGCUUGCAGGGUGGGCAUUGUUCUUAUUCCUUGCAUACAAAGUUUCCAAAACAGACCGAGAAUACCAAGAAUACAAUCCUUAUGAAGUAUUAAAUUUGGAUCCCGGGGCAACAGUAGCAGAAAUCAAGAAACAGUAUCGUUUGCUGUCACUUAAAUACCAUCCGGAUAAAGGAGGUGAUGAAGUUCUGUUCAUGAGGAUAGCAAAAGCUUAUGCGGCUUUAACUGAUGAAGAGUCCCGGAAAAACUGGGAGGAGUUUGGGAAUCCAGACGGACCUCAAGCCACGAGCUUUGGAAUUGCCUUGCCAGCUUGGAUAGUUGACCAGAAAAAUUCAAUUUUGGUUCUCCUUGUAUAUGGAUUGGCAUUCAUGGUUAUCCUUCCCGUUGUUGUGGGCUCAUGGUGGUACCGCUCAAUACGCUAUAGUGGAGACCAGAUUCUAAUACGCACAACGCAAAUUUAUACGUAUUUUGUUUAUAAAACCCGAAAUAUGGAUAUGAAACGUCUUAUCAUGGUAUUGGCUGGAGCCUCUGAAUUUGAUCCUCAGUAUAAUAAAGAUGCUACAAGCAGACCAACAGAUAAUAUUCUAAUACCUCAGCUAAUCAGAGAGAUUGGAAGCAUUAACUUAAAGAAGAAUGAGCCUCCACUCACCUGCCCGUAUAGCCUGAAGGCCAGAGUUCUUCUACUAUGUCAUCUUGCAAGAAUGAAAAUCCCGGAGACCCUUGAAGAAGAUCAGCAAUUCAUGCUGAAAAAAUGUCCUGCCCUCCUUCAAGAAAUGGUGAAUGUAAUCUGCCAACUGAUAAUAAUGGCCCGGAGCCGUGAAGAAAGGGAGUUUCGUGCUCCAACUUUGGCGUCCCUCGAGAACUGCAUGAAGCUUUCCCAGAUGGCCGUGCAGGGCCUCCAGCAGUUCCGGUCCCCCCUGCUGCAGCUCCCCCACAUCGAGGAGGACAACCUCAGAAGGGUCUCCAAUCAUAAAAAGGUGAUUCUUCGCUGCUUUAAAAUCCAGUUUGAACAGUUCGUCAAGUCACUUAAAAGUAACAAGAAUGUAAAGUUUUCUAUAAAUAGUUAUUAUAAAUUUAGAUUUAGAAUGUCUUCACUGAUUCCGUGCACGUCCCCUUCUCACCUUGCAGUUCUGGAUGACGAAGACAGCAACGACAUCACGGUGGGGUCCCUAGUGACGGUGCUGGUGAGGCUGACGAGGCAGACGAUGGCAGAAGUAUUUGAAAAGGAGCAGUCCAUCUGUGCCGCAGAGGAGCAGCCGGCAGAAGACGUGGGCGACACCAGCAAGCGCAGGACAAGAGGAGAAUGGCAGCAGAAGAGUAAAGGACCAAAAACAGCUAAAUCAAAAAAAAAGAAGCCUUUAAAAAAAGAGCCUACACCUGUGCCCUUACCACAGUCAAAGCCACAGAAACAGAAGCAGGCAAAUGGAGUCGUUGGGAGCGAAGCGGCCGUCAAGGACGACGACGAGGAGGUCUCGGUCAAAGGCAGUGAGUCCGAGGACGAGGAGACCAACCGGGAGUCCCAGAGCGAGAGGGACGACGGCAGCGAGCGGGACUCCGAGAGGGAGCAGGACGGGAAGCAGAGCAGGGACGAUGAAGCUGAGUGGCAGGAACUGCAGCAGAGUAUACAGCGCAAGGAGCGGGCGCUGCUGGAGACCAAGUCCAAGAUAACGCACCCCGUGUACAGUCUCUGCUUCCCUGAGGAAAAACAAGAAUGGUGGUGGCUUUAUAUUGCAGAUAGGAAGGAACAGACAUUAAUAUCUAUGCCAUACCAUGUGUGUACACUAAAAGACACCGAAGAGGUAGAGCUGAAGUUUCCUGCACCAGGCAAGCCUGGAAAUUAUCAGUAUACAGUGUUUCUGAGAUCAGACUCUUACAUGGGCUUGGAUCAGAUCAAGCCAUUGAAGUUGGAAGUUCAUGAAGCUAAGCCUGUGCCAGAAAACCACCCGCAGUGGGACACGGCGCUAGAGGGGGACGAGGACCAGGAGGACAGCGAGGGCUUCGAAGACAGCUUCGAGGAGGAGGAGGAGGAGGAGGAGGGGGACUGAGCGGCGCCGGGGAGGGGCCGCAGGCUUCGCGGACACACUUGCACAUGUGUGUUCUUUUGGAAAUGCCUAAUAAACCAGAAAGAGUGCUGAGCUGAUGUUGAGGGAAGUGUCAGUUCCUGAAAUGGGUGCAUGACCGGACAGUGGCGGUGCCCCGGUGCACUCGGAAUGUGCUGGAGGCUUGUUAGGGCCUCUCAAGUCUGGGAUGGUGCAUUGAUUCCGUCUGCAAAUUAUAAUAAACCCUUUGUUAUAACUGUCCGGAGGUGUGGGCGAUGCAUGAUCUGGUCACUUUAUGGUCCCCGUAAAAGUAAAGGUACCUGAAAAACGGUCUAUCAUCUGCAAGUUUUCCUUGUUUAGGGUUUGUUUUAGCAAACAUUGAAAUGUGAUGAACACCACCAAUACGUUUUAAGUGACAUCUGUUCAAGUUUUAAUCUCUUGAUAAGAUCUGUCAUUCAUUUAUUGACAUUCUGCAAUGAUUUGAGACUAUAACAGCUCCAUUCACAGCUUUAACCCUUUUGUUUUUAGCUGUCUUGGUCAUAAGUCAGCUUUCUCUCACAUUCCAUAUACUACAGAGGGCUACAUUUGGGGAUUUAAGAAAUAAUUGCCCAGACUUAUCAGACAGAUUAUAAAAAUGGCUUUUAAUGGCUUAAAACAUUUUUAAGCCUCUAUUUUAGCAGAUCAAUGCAGGAUCUAAUUCUUUUUAUAAGCUGUAGGUCUAAAAAUGAUUGUGGGACCAUAUGUUCUCUGAUGUUGGUGACUUAUGUUAUUAAACCUUUUUUAAAAGGUUCACUAUAAAAGCUGAAAUACAUUCUUAGCUUUUAAUCUACCUGACUAUCAAAAGCCUUUUAAGGAAAAAAUAUAUAACACGCAAGGAGGCAUUUUUUUGUAUUCAUUUUGGACUCCUGUCAAUAAAAUAGAAGUUUGGCUCAU